AUGCUCCUCGCCCGGACUGUCAAAGUUGCCUUCGUGUCUGCCCGGCCGGCGGCGAUGGGCGCCGGCUACCUUGCCCGGAGGUUCCUGUCCGGGGCAUCGUCGCCGGUUUGCUCAUCGACCUCUGAGCCCCCGACCGGCUCCCUCUUUGGGGGGAUGUCCUUCGCCACGAUGUCCCUCAAUGCGUCGCCCAGCCAGCCGUCCGACACAUUGGCCUCCGCCUCGGGGCUCGCUGCUGCCACCGCGGCCGCUUCCGCCACCACGGCUGCUACUGCUGCUGCUGCUGCCGCCGCCGCCACUUCUGCCCCCACCGAGGCUCCUCCUCGCCAGGCCCUGGUAGCCGAGGCCUUGGAGGGCGCCACAGCGUCUGCCCCCACCCUGGCUCCUGCCACCCCCGCCGAAUCCGCGGCCCCUUCUCAGGCCGUGGCCGCCGGUGAGGCCGAUGCCAGCAUCGCCACCGAGGCUGCCUCCGCUGACACCGCCGGUGCCGCCUCCAAGGCAACCUCCGCGCCGAUUGAAGGGGCCUGGUUCUCGGCCAUUCAGCCGAGCAGCGAGCCGGCCGCAUCCAAGUCACCCAUUCAGGAGUCGGAGUUUGAAUGGAUGCAGUCCCUGACGCCGGCCAGGCGCCAGGCUUUCCUCGAAAAGCUUCCGAUCCACUUCAACCCAUCCAAAAACUAUACCUUGGUGCAACUCCGCCAACUGGCAAUCAGCCGGGCCCUGCCUCAUAAUUCCACCAAGACCUUGAUCCUGGAUCAUCUGGAGAGCUUCAACUUCGCGGAUUUUGCUCAGACCCUCUCGAAUGAGAAGCAAUUCACGAAGUUCCGCGCCAACCUGCGGCGCCAACUCAAGAGCAUGGAUUUGGUGCCGGUCACGCGCAACCUGGAGUCCCACUUCCCGCUGUCCUUUGGCGACCAGCCCUCGGUGUAUGCCAUGUGCCAGACUCUGCAGCAGUGCUCGCAUUUCCAGGUGGCCGCCCCACUGCGUGCCGACGAGAUUUGGCAGGCCCUGAAGGACGAGCAGUCGCCCGACGCCGUGGAGCCGGUGUUCGCCCAGAUUACCGACAACCUGCCCGCCAUCAAGCUGAUCCGGCCCCAUCGUCCGAGUAUCACCCGCCGGCGGCGGCAAUCCAACACGCCCGCCCUCCCCCAGCAGCAGGAGAUCCCCCUGCCCCCGGGGCUUGUGAAGGACUCCGACGAGUACUUCAAUUACAAGAAUCACUACCUGCGCAUCCAGCGGCACUUCAACCGGGUCGCCUCCUGCCACACUUUCGAUGCCCUGUACAACCUGUUGACGGACAUCAUCAAUGAUGCGCGCAUCCUGAACAUGCUCGAGCGACGCGUCCGCCCGGCCGACAUGCCGCCCAAGGUGACGCCGGAUUUCCCGCCGGUGCUGCACACGCAGCGUCUCCUGCUGCAGGCCAUCAGUUUGUCCGCCAGCGACCCCACCCCUGGGCUCUCCUACUCGCGGCUGGAGCGCCUGUUUGCCCGGCUUAUGGACGCCUCGCCGGUUUGCUACAUCACAGUCGUCGAUCUGCACAUGUACCAGGCCUGCCUGUCGAUCGUCGCCCAGACCGAGGAUGUGCAGUCCUUCGUGAAGCUCUUCCAGCGCAUGCAACACGAUGCCAUUUCCCCCGAUGGCCCGACCUUUGAGAUGAUCUUCUCCUUCCUGAUGCAGCACAACCUGCGCGACCUGGUGACCACCCUCUUCGAGGACUAUUUGGAGCUGGCGAACGAGGUGGAGCAAGCGCGCAUCAGUGCCGCCAUGCAUCAGGCCAUCAUGUCGUAUCUGACUCCCUCGGCCCACCGUGCCUACUACGGUGCCGGGCAUGAGGCGGGCCUGUCGGCGGCGCCUGGCGCAUCCGGGCACAUCGCCUCGGUCAUGGAUCGGCUGUCGACCCAUGGCAUGAUGGGGGCCGGUGCCUCCGCCGAGGCCAAUCAGUACGGGGGGGCCCCGGGUGGCGGUUACUUCCAGCCCCCCUCCUUCGACCCGGAUGAGGUGAUCCAGCACUUGGAGACCCACCUUACCUGGCAGCAGCCGCGCUCGGGGCAUGCCGCGCAUCAGCACCAGCACCAGCACCAGCACGCCCAAGCCCACCAGCAGUACGGCCAGUACCACGAGCAGGGCUACCACCCGGCGGCCUAUGGCCAGGGGGGACACUAUGAUGCGGCGGCCCACGCCCAGGAGGGGCACUACGAUGCGGCGGCCCACGCCCAGGGGGGACACUACGACCCUGCCUUCGACCCGAGUGGCUUCCAGCACUUCCCCCACCAGGCCCAUGGUCAGCACUUCGAUGGGACGGCCUUCGGCCAGGGGUAUCCCCAGGCGGGGGCGCACCACCCCCAUCACCAUGGCGAGGCCGGGUCCUUUGGGCAGAUUAACUUCUCGGACGACAUGUUCGAGCACCAUCUGGAGGAGUUCAACAACCAGCAAGGCGGACACCAGCACCCCAUCCCGGAUGAUGAGUACUUUGAUGACCGGUUCUCGGGCCAUUAAUAGAUGCUCCUGCCUCGGUGUGUCUCCCCCAUAUGCCGCGCACCAAUUAUAGACGUCUUCCCUCCUCUUGCCUUUCCCAGCUGGCCCUAGCCCACCACCCCCUCUUGCUUUUCAGGGGUGUGCCGGGCUGGGCCGGCGAGGAGCCACAUGAAGAGCGGCGAGGCCGCGGUCACAAAAGACAAAGGAUCUCCCCCUCCCCCCCCCCUCCCCCUCGUUCCUUGGCACAG